CACCCCCUCCCCCAGCAGCCAAACAACAGAACAAUGGGAAGGUAACCAGAUAUCAGCUCCCUAACACAAGGGUGUGUAUGAGCUCCAGGCUGUGAGUUUUUCCCAGUUUUUUCUGAAAACUUUACAGAUUGUGAGGAUUGUCAGGAGAAUCCUUUUUCCACCUGUUCCUGCUUUUCCACCACACAAUCCUCGUAAAAUGAUGAAGAAGAUGGCGGCCAUUGCUGGCCAAGUAGUGAGGACCUGUUGGGUUCUAUGAAGACUGUUGCUCCCAGUUUGGCAGAAGUAGUUGAGAAUAUUCAAGUGCACAAGGAGGUGUUGGCCAUGGCUAAGAGGAAGGAGAAUGUACCUCUACAUGCAGUGUUCCAUCUGUAAUGGAGUUUCCCACGCAAGUGAAUACCCUGGAUGGCAAAGCUGAAGUUGCUGCUUAGAGUUGCAGUUCAGAGACAAGCCAGGAAGCUGCUGCAAGGCAUGCUGGGAGCCAGGAAGGAAGUGCUGCAGGCUGUGAGGAGGAGUGCUGAGACCACAUGCUGUGUGACUAUUGAGGUGACUGAGGAGUCACUGAGAGAGAAGCCCAAUUCUGCUGCUGCAAUGGCCCAGGGAGCAGUUUGCAGAAUGACACGUAAAUAUAACCUUAUACUGGGGAUAACAGUCGUGGCAAUAAACUUUAUUUCUCCUCAAGCAGAAGAUUCCUGUGCAAAGCAGAACUCCGCACUCUUCCCAGAACAUAAGGGGACAUGCCCAAAAUCAUUAGAAUACGUCAAGAACAUUUCAUGCCAAAUCUACAAUAUGGUGAACCUCAACUGUACAUGGGACAUGAAGACCGACGCUCAGUACUGCUUUGUCUUACGGAAUAAAAGCAUUGUGUUGCCAUGUUCACAGUAUUUAACAAAUGAAGAAAAUCAGACUAUUGGAUGUCAUGUUAAGGACGUGGUUUUUCAUGACCAGAGAAUAAUCAGACUCCAAUUUUCCAAUACUAAAUGCCAAAUCAAAAAACAUGUUAAACUUUCAGAUAUAGAGAUCAUGAAACCUCCAAUCAAUAUCACUAUUCAAUCUGAAACUGGGAAAGUUAUUAUGACAUGGAACAGACCCCCAACUGGAACUCAAAUUGUAAACAUUGAAUGCUUUGAGUACGAAUUAAAGGUUUUGGAGACAGAGACGGAUGUUCCUUUCAGGAUUGUCACCACUGAUAAGAGAGAACAUACCUUGUAUGAUCUGGAUAAAGACAAAAAGUAUUCCAUUCACAUUAGAGGAAGAAAAAUGAAGAACUGUGGCCAGAGCAAAUCAUGGGGAGAAUGGAGCGAACCUUUGUUUGUAGGAGAAGACAAAAAAACGACUCCAAGCUGGAUUUAUCUACUCACUUGUAUAAUUGCUGUGGUUUUUAUACUUGUUAUAUCAAUAUACCUAAUCAAAAGAUACGCCACAGCAGUUAUUCCUGAUCCGUCCAGCAAAUUAAAAUUUUGGUUUUCAAGUGACCUACAUUUUCAGAAAUGUGCAGUUCCAGCCCAGAAUGAAUGUGUCCCUAUUACAGAGAUUGAGAUUGUGAUCUCUUCAGUGGACUCUUCACAUUGAAGCCAAGGACUUUAGUGCAUCAUCUUUUAUUUACUUGAAUAUUUGUUAGAGGAGCACAUGGUGCAUGUUUUGGAUAUUAUUUUCAAUCUACAAAGAUAUAUAUAUAUAUAUAU